AUGCGCCUCGGUUUCUUUGCCCUACUUUUUGCAUCGGCUACUCUCUUGGUGUCCGCCACUCCAUCCCCCGCAUACGACUACGGCCCACAUCGUGCGGCCCAUGCAAGUCAUCGAGCACAAUCAGACCAGCAUAUGCAGCGUGCAGAAGCCCAUAUCAAUCAUGCAGAUUUCCAUGACAAUCUUGCUAUUAUUGCAGCAAACAAAUAG